CGAAAUGAUUGAAAUAACAGCGAGAUGAAAUCGGACUGUCCUCAAUAACAAACUUUCAUCAUGGCAAGCAGUGCAGAAACUCAAAAUCACUUUUCCCCUUCAGAUUUAUUCUCUCUCUCUAAUCAAAACGUCCUCAUUACCGGUGCAACCAGAGGUAUAGGUCAAGCAUGUGCUGUUGGUUUGGCAAAAGCAGGUGCUAAGCAUAUAGUUUUAGUACAAAGAGACACUUCAAAUACUGCAACCAGGGAUCAGAUCACAGACGCAGGAGCUAAGGCUGAUAUUGUCGUUGCUGAUUUAUCAAACAUUGAUGCAGUCAAGGGCGUCUUCGAUCAAGCACUCAAAGUUGCAGACGGUGGUCACAUCGAUGUCCUCGUUAAUUGUGGUGGUAUACAGAGACGCUCACCUAGCACAGAAUUCAGUGAAGAUGACUGGGACGACGUAAUCAACGUAAACUUAAAGUCUGUUUGGUUGCUAUCUCAAGCUGCCGGUAGACAUAUGGUACCUAGAAGACACGGAAAAAUCAUCAACUUUGCAUCCUUGCUCACAUUCCAAGGCGGUUUCACUGUACCAGCUUACGCAUCAGCUAAGGGUGCUGUUGGUCAACUUACAAAGGCUCUUUCAAAUGAAUGGAGCAGGGAGAAUAUUAAUGUCAACGCAAUUGCACCUGGAUAUAUAGCUACAGAUAUGAACGAAAAAUUGCUCGCUGAUCCUACAAGGUUGAGACAGAUAAGUGAGCGUAUCCCUGCCAAUAGAUGGGGCCAACCCGCAGACUUUGUUGGUCCAGUCAUCUUUUUAGCAAGUGAGGCAUCAAAGUAUCUCAACGGUGAGAUUCUUACUGUCGACGGUGGAUGGAUGGGUCGUUAAAUUGUAUUGUAAUGCUAAAGUAGAAUGGUAUGCAUAAAUGUCUGUAAAUUGCAAGUGGAUAUAUUGCGAACUAUCAAGUCGUAUCAAUGAGGUGUUAAUCCUUGCAGUGCCUCUAUUGAUGUAGUUUUCUUUAUACGAAUAGUCAUGAUCUCUUCCUGAGCACUUAAAUGCUACCUUCUGAGUCGGAACUGUAAAUACCAUUAUUAAAGUCGAUAAACCACCCUUCUUUGAUGAGGAUUCCUCCCAAAUCCUUCAAUGGUACUCCCGCAGCUUUCAAACCUAACAUAUCAGUAGCGAAUUGUAGUAUCUUCUGAUUGUCGAAUUUGAUAUUGAGAUGGCCACUUGUAGAUAUCGCUUUUGCUAGUGUUCCAUAGAUUGUUCCUGCUACGAAGGCUUCAUCUAUGGAAUUACUGCUGGUGUAUGAUCUCGUACGCGAAUGGGUGCGUGGUCUACGAGAACUUUCUGCUCUGAUGAACUCUGAUGUCUUCAAUGAAAGCAUAUAGGUCGUUCUUUCAUCCCAAAUGCAAUAUAAGUUGGCCUUUUUAGAAACCCUCAGCGACAUGAAGAGUAAAAACGUUCUUGCAUCAUC